AUGCAUUCCUGUUGGCGUCGUGACUGUAAGAAGAUUCAGCGGAAUGAAAGAACUAAAGAAAACAGGGAGAUGAAAAGAGGGAAUGGUGAUGUCAUUUCAAGACUGCUUCAACUUCCUGCAGUUUUUGAGUGUGAAGAAUUAAUGGGGCCUCAACGAUGUUUGCCAUAUACAUCGGCUUUUAAAGGUACUGUACCCGACAAUGAAAUCCGUCGUUGCAGUGGUCUCCUUAUACUCGUCAUCGAAAAGUGCUAUGAAGCCUUUAAUUUCGACGACGGAACAACUUCUGCGCCACAAAACGAU